CGACGCGCCAGUUCCCUCCCCCUCCCCGCGUUGUGGUCGAUAAUACCGAUUCGUCUGCCCGAAUUUCUUGUCCCGUUCUCAUCUUUCAUCGUCUGAGAUAUUCAGCUAUCAAUUUUAGAGAAACAUCCCCAUAGCUGCAGUUAAUAACCCCUAUACGUAUUACAAUAAAUACAUCAGACACCGAGGACGUUGUUUGGAGAUGUUUUAUUUUUAAUUAUAGACCGGUAUCUUUCAAAUUGUGUCUUACUGCUAACCACAAAUGAAUUACAUCAAAGGAUCACGUACUGACUGCAGUCUGCUGACAAGGGAUAAUUAUCUGUACAUUCGCAACAAAGUGCGGAACGGCAAGGUGUACUUGAGGUGCCGCUUGAAGACCUGUGAAUGUACUGCCCAGUGGGAGCCGGCAGGAGACAGGUUUACCACCACCAGCCCACACAACCACGCUGCCGACCCUAUUGAUGUUGAGGUACUGAAACUUAAGGCGGAAAUCAAGUCUCAGGCUAGCUGGGAUAAUAGGCCUUUCAAAAAGGUCUUCGAUGAAGUAUGUACAAAAUAUUCCCGAGAGGCAGUUACUAGAGUGGAUUUUCCUCUGUUCUACAAUUCGAUCAGAAGAUCUCGUAGUCGCCUUUUUCCGUCAUUGCCCCCUUUCAGAAAAACGAGAAAAAGGACGAAAGUUCAGAAUGGUAGUGAGGAAUCGAGUCUUGAGAUGUCUGCAGUCUCGGUCACUCAGAUGGCAGUCAAUAAUAACAGUGAAACAGCUUUCAAAGAAGAGGAAUAUUCUAAUGAUGAAAAAUUGCCGGAAGUAGUAGAUAUGUUACAACCUAUGAGAAUUAAAGAAGAGGCAUUAGAAUUGGAAGAUUUUGUAGAUGUUGACAACAGUUACCAAGAGGCAUCCGAGCUACAGGAUCAAGACAUUGAGAGGAAUAUAUGUAAACCUGUUUUAGAAUUAAAAGAACCAAAAUUGCCUUUUCAAGAAAAAACAAAUGAAAAAAGUAAUGAAAUAAUACGUCUAAUGGGUGUUGUCAGCAAACUUGAGAGAGUCUCAGAUCAAAUAGCAACUGCAACCUUUGGUGAUAGUUACGAUCAGUUUGGAAAGUAUAUUGCUACUCUUCUACGAGGACUUCCUCAGAGAACGGUCAUUUCCCUGAAACAGCAAAUGGUGCAGGCUGUUCUUAAUGUUAAACUUGCUGAAGAACAAAACGAAUCCAUUUCUGAAACUCCUAAAAAAUCAGAGAAAUUUGCAGUUGUCACUCCUUUGCUGAAAAUUUCUGACAAAACAAACUUUGCUUCAGUGAAAACUUUUGCUGAUAACUCUCAACAUUUAUCUAAUCUACAGCAUCAGAUGAUAUCUGAAAACACCGAUAUCAGUUGUACUUUUACUGAGAGACCUUCUACUUCUAUUCUCCCCACGGGUGGUACAUCUUCUACACCAAGCUCAAACUUAACUGGUGAUGUCUCAAACCUUAGCAACAUUACAGACAUUGAUACCAAUUCUCAAAAGUUUACUAUCCCUCAGGGAACACCUAACUCUACCGCAACUCUUCUUCUGGAUCAUAUACCAGAACGAGAGCCCCAGUCUACUUCUCGUCAGCCCUUCACUCAGCACCAAAAAACUGAGCUAAGCGAUCAUUGUCGUGUGCCAAAGCAACCCAAACUUCUAUCUAACAAAAAAUCAUGUAAAUAUCGAGCUGAGCAGCAGAUUAAGGAGAACCAGAAGCAAUUCCUCUUGUCUAAGGAAUCAGAACUGUUAGUGUCUGCCUCCAGCACUGAAGUUCCAACGAUACUUCAAAGAAAGAGAAAAGAAAAUACAAAGACAUAUUCUAAGAAAGCUAAAAUGUACAACACAAAUGUGAAUUCUGAUGUUGAUUUUCUGAUGGAUAUUGAGGAAAAUGAAGAAUCGACCAACAUGAAACAGAAUCAAGACAGCUCAUUUGAAACAGUUUUCUGUGAUCCUUUACCAGAGUUGAAGCAAGAACCUCCAGAUAAUGAGGAAGAUCACUACAUGUCUGGUGACUCCUCUCACCAUUCAUGAAAUUAGGUUUUUAAAUUCAUUUGGCAAUUAACAUUUGGCAAUUAACAUUUGGCGAUAUUGUCUCUACAGUUUGUUCAGUUAACAUAAACUAAAGACAGAAGUGAUCCUAUCUGAGAAAAUUUGAUAGAAUGAAAUGGAAAUUAUCUACUGCAUGAAGACAGCGAUUAUGAAUUAUUGUCUUUAGGUAAUCACCUGAAUAUUACCUUUUCAUCAUCUGUUAUACGUUUCCUCAACGUGGGUAAAAUAAAUAUUUGUGCUAUGAAAUGAGGCUGACAAGCAAAUAACAAUAAAUAUUGUACUCAAAUUUACCUAAAAUUCAUCCCAGUUAUCAGUUGUAGCUCGGAAAGAGAACAAGAUUAUAAAUAUUGAAAUGAUAGAUGUAACUGAAUACGGUGCAUAUUAAAUUUAAACAAUAUGCAUAAAUAUUCAAUCUCGAAAAAUACCAAAUAAAAAUAGUUAAUGUUACCAAUUACUAUAAUUAUAACAUUUGUCUUUUAAAUAUAACCAUAAAUAUUUACUCGGCAAUACCAGAAUACAAAACAAAAUAUUUACAAACCAGUGGUAAUUAAUUAUCUUCAGCAGAAACACUGGUUGAAAUUUGAAUAUAUUUAUAUUGAUAAUGAAGUGAUAAAAAAUUAUAGUACCGUAAAUGCAAUUAUUAAUAUGUUAUUUUCCUAGAUGAUUUCUGAAAUAACAACAUAUAAUACUUGUGUAUAUGAAAUGUCCAUUAGAUUUUCAAAGGCAUAUGUAAGUUUUACUAGAAUCUUAUAAAUUGUGAAAAUUAUGUGCCAGAUAGAGCAAAUGACUGUUAGUUAUUAUUGUGAUAGUAUAUGUACUGAGUUAAUAGAAAGUAAUUGUUCUGACGCUUUUAGAAAUAAAAAAAACCAAUGUAAUUUUGCGAUUUGAAAUUCGUGUUCUUAAUUUUCUGUAUAACAUAAUGUUGUGCCAUAAUUAUGUAAUAAGUUAUUAUUAUAUGUAUUUGAAUAUUAUGUAGUAACUUUAAAACAUCCAAACUAUCCUCUCUUUAAAAUAAUUAUAUGGACAAAUAUGAGGUGAUUGUAAUGUGUUUUAUUACAUUAUUAUUAGCAAGUUAGCUUCUGUUUAUAUGUAAUUAAACCUCUAUUUAUUUGAUACUGUUGA